UCCAGCUCUGCCAUUCUCUGAGUGAAGGAUGCCGAGGAAGAAGCAGCCCACAGAGGGCCUGGACUCUCGCGGUCAGGAUGGGAAGGAAGAGGAGGAAGAGAAGAAGAACCCAGCUAAUGCCAAGAAGAAGCGCAGUUUUGUGGAUGCGUUUAUUGUUAUAUCUGACAGCGAUGGAGAGCAGGAGUCAAAGGAAGAGAGUGGAUUGCAAAAGAAGAGAACAAAACAGCAGCUGGAUAGAACGAAGUUUGCUGCUAAAAGAAAAAUUGCACAGAUGACUGAAGAGGAACAGUUUGCACUGGCCCUGAAAAUGAGUGAGCAAGAAGCCAGGCAAGUGAACUGUCAGGAAGAGGAAGAGGAGGAGCUCUUGAGGAAGGCCAUUGCUGAGAGCCUUAAUAGCUGUCAGCCCUCGGACUCCUCUGAUGCAACCCCUGAGUUGUCUGCUGAAGUGCUGGGCUUGCGAGGCCAAAGCCAGCCCACUGAGCAAGAGGGCUCUGAGAUCCUGGGAGGUCUGGCGCUUUGCCCUGACACCCCUCACUCUGAGUGCAGCUCCCACUCACAGCGCGCCAGAGCUGAUGAGAAUGGACAGAUGGAUGCCGCCCGGAGCCCCCUGGUAGUGUUGAGGCGGUUAAGCCAGGAAAUCAUUGAAAGCUCACUAGUAUCCAGCAUAAUCGUGUCUCCGGGGAAGGGCCAGCCUGUGACAAGGUCAAGUGAAAAGCCAUCCUCACCAGCAAAACGUGAUUCUAGUAACAUGUUACCCAGCACAUUCAGAGAGGACCUCAUCUCUUUGAGUCCCACCUUUGGCAGGGUGACUUCAGGCUCCUGGCAGCUGACACCUCGGAGGCUUUUCACAAGGCCCUCCAGCUCUUCCGAAGCAACAGACCACAAACCAAAAGAGCAGCCCCUGCCCUGCACUGGCCAUUCUGCAGGAGAGGCUGGUGCUGGGAGCUCAGCCACGAUCUGGAAGAGCUGGACUGCGGAACGGUGUGGCAGCCCCAGGAGGAGUGGUGGAGGAGCAGGUACCAAACACACCUCGCAGCCCAGGCACGCCACCAAAGUCUGUGUUGCCACAGAGCAAGCAGAGCAGAACCAGGUGCCCGACAGUACCCCUGAGCUUUGUGUACUGAAUGCGGUGGAGGAGAAGCACAAGCAGGAGGAGGCGAGAGACACAGUGCACUAUUACUGGGGCAUCCCCUUCUGCCCCAAAGGGGUGGACCCCAACCAGUACACCAAAGUCAUCUUGUGUCAGCUGGAGGUUUACCAGAAGAGCCUGAAGCAGGCUCAGAGGCAGCUAUUGCACAAGAAGGAGUUUGGUAACCCAGUUGUGCCCAGUUCUUCCUUGAGCCAGAAUGAGCUUGGGAAAGGAGAGCAGAUAAGCACAGAGAACGGGGUUGCUGAUGAUACAGAAGAUGGAGACCCAGAUGGGCAGAAGGAGUCUGAGAGCAUCACUUGGCUCCUCCCUUCGAAGAGGAGGGAGGCAGAGAGUCCAGGGCACAGCAUGGAAGAAGAGAGGAACUCUACUUCCGAUGAUGAACCGACCACCAGCUACUGCCAGAAUUUUCCUCUCCAGGCCUCCCAGGUGCUGCCUACAGAGGAUGUGCAUGAAGAUGGGGAACCCAUGCAAAUUGCACAGAGCAUCUCUGUGUUGACCCCACUUGGCAGUAAAAGGAGCCCAGAUAUUGCUACAGAAAACUCUGCUGAAGAAGAGAUCUCUGUUUGUCCAGAGACCCAGCCGAGUCCACUGGAAGCUAUUGAGGCGGAGAGAGAAGAGCUCUGCUCGGGCAGCGAAGACACACCUAUGCAGGCUGGUGGAGAUGAAGAUGCUGGCAGGACUGUGUCUGAGUGCAGUCCUACAGCUGCUGACCAUGUGUCAUGCCCGCUGUGCGACCAAGGCUUCCCAGCCACGGAGAUCGAGCUGCAUGCCAUGUACUGCAACGGCAUCGUGGGAGAGGAGCCUGGUGAGGACAGCCCAGUGCUCACUCGGAGUCAGAGAGGGGCAAGAAGUAAAGCUGCCAGUGGUGGAAGCAGCCCAACAUCUUUAAACAUUGACAAGUGUGAGAAGUGCUACCUCUGUAAAUCACUGGUGCCACUGCUGCAGUAUCAGAGGCAUGUGGACAGCUGCCUUCAGGCUGCUAGGCAAGCUCAGGGAACCAGGAGGCUGCGAAGAGCCAAGGAUGGUGGAAGGCAGGAGAGGGGACUCCUCAGGAUGCUGGAGCUCUCGGAAAGCAAGUCUGCAGGUGCUGAUGGGGGGACCCCCCUCGCUGGACUAGGAGACCAACAGUCCCCUCCCAUGCUCUCAGCCGGAGAUGGGGGGCCGGUGGCAGACAGCCCCAGCUCCCUUUGGCACCUUCCUGUCGACGUUUCCCCUGCGAAACCCAGCGUCUCCUCAGAAGCCACAGACUCCAGGGUAGACGUGGAGCUGUGUGCGGCUCUGCGCUUGGGCAGCCAGCAGCAGACCAAAGGCUGCCGCCGGAGAAAGCGCAAGUUCUGAGGCCAGAGGUGUGGCAGGACCCCCCCUCCCCGGCUCCCCGCACCCCAGCAAGGGUCUGCGUGGCACCGUACCCUUGCUUCACCUGCAGCCUUGUUCUCCCACCCCCCUUUUAUAUGUUUUAUACGACCUGUGCAGGGAGGGCCGGGUGGAGAAGUGAUUGUGUGUUUUAUAGGUGCCUGUGCAGCUUUGCUCUCUGUUAAAGAAAUGGAAAUAUAUUUAUGUAUGUUUUUAUGAAACUGCAGCAACAC